CACAGUUCACAGUUUGUGAGUGGCACAGAUGUAUUGAGCUUGGAGUUGGAUCUUACUGAAGAUACUCAAAAAAUGAGGUAUAAGUUUAUCUAUUCAUGGGGCUGAAAAGCGUGUGCAAAUCUGUCAGCGGAGGACUGCAGCAAGCUACCCAGUGUCAAAGCGUCCACCUGUGGUUGGGCACCCUUCAUUACCACAAGUCAGAAGGUCAAUAAGCAUGGAAGCCUCAUCAGCUGGAUCGAGUAAUCCAACAGCCUCUGGUGGAAAAGCAAAAACCCACCAGCCAGUAGCCAAGGAUGUCAACAUUUUUUUUGAUGAGCUAGAAGGUGUGAACAGCCCUUCCAAAGAUGACGAUUCCCUGCUUCACCAUGGUAACUUGACCAGUACUUCUGAUGAUGCCAGCAGGUUGGAAGUGGUGGGAGAGGAAGCACCUGAUAAAAACAAAGCCAAUGGAUUGUAUUUUAGAGAUGGAAAAUGUCGGAUUGACUACAUCCUGGUCUACAGAAAAUCCAAUCCACAGACAGAAAAGAGGGAAGUAUUUGAAAGAAACAUCAGGGCAGAAGGAAUUCAAAUGGAAAAAGAGUCAUCUCUAACAAACAGUGACAUCAUCUUUGUGAAGUUGCAUGCUCCUUGGGAGGUCCUGGGCAAAUACGCUGAACUAAUGAAUGUAAGAAUGCCGUUCAGGAGAAAAAUCUAUUACCUGCACCGCCGAUACAAGUUCAUGAAUAGGAUCGAGAAACAAAUAAGCAGGUUUCGAGGAUGGUUACCUAGAAAGCCAAUGAAACUGGACAAGGAGACACUGCCAGAUCUGGAAGAGAAUGACUGCUAUACUGCUCCUUUCAGCCAACAAAGGAUCCACCACUUCAUCAUACACAACAAAGACACUUUCUUCAAUAACGCUACAAGAAGUAGAAUUGUACACCAUAUCUUACAAAGAGUGAAAUAUGAAGAAGGGAAAAACAAAAUUGGUCUGAAUCGAUUGCUCAGUAAUGGCUCCUAUGAAGCUGCAUUUCCUCUUCAUGAGGGAAGCUACAGAAGUAAGAAUUCAAUAAAAACCCAUGGGGCAGAAAAUCACAGACACCUGCUCUAUGAGUGCUGGGCUUCCUGGGGAGUCUGGUAUAAAUACCAACCACUGGAUCUAGUGAGACGAUACUUUGGUGAGAAAAUCGGGCUGUACUUUGCCUGGUUAGGCUGGUACACGGGGAUGCUCUUCCCAGCUGCCUUCAUUGGAUUGUUUGUCUUUUUGUAUGGAGUCACUACUUUGAACCACUGCCAAGUCAGUAAAGAAGUCUGCCAAGCUACAGAUAUCAUAAUGUGUCCUAUAUGUGAUAAAUACUGUCCUUUCAUGAGGCUGUCAGACAGCUGCGUUUAUGCCAAGGUAACACACCUUUUUGACAAUGGAGCUACUGUCUUUUUUGCUGUUUUCAUGGCAGUGUGGGCUACUGUUUUUCUGGAGUUUUGGAAACGAAGGCGAGCAGUAAUUGCUUAUGACUGGGACUUGAUAGACUGGGAAGAAGAAGAGGAAGAGAUACGUCCGCAGUUUGAAGCCAAGUACUCCAAGAAAGAACGAAUGAACCCCAUAUCCGGAAAGCCAGAGCCUUAUCAAGCAUUUGCAGAUAAAUGCAGCAGACUCAUCGUUUCUGCAUCUGGAAUAUUUUUUAUGAUCUGUGUGGUGAUUGCUGCUGUUUUUGGCAUUGUUAUUUACCGCGUUGUGACAGUCAGCACUUUUGCUGCCUUCAAGUGGGCUUUAAUCAGGAAUAACUCUCAGGUUGCAACGACAGGGACUGCAGUGUGCAUCAACUUUUGCAUCAUCAUGCUACUGAAUGUGCUGUAUGAAAAGGUUGCUCUUUUCCUGACAAAUUUAGAGCAGCCUCGUACAGAAUCUGAGUGGGAGAACAGCUUCACAUUGAAAAUGUUUCUUUUUCAGUUUGUCAACCUGAACAGCUCUACCUUUUAUAUAGCAUUCUUCCUUGGAAGAUUUACAGGACACCCUGGAGCCUACCUAAGGCUGAUAAACCGGUGGAGACUGGAAGAGUGCCACCCUAGUGGAUGCCUUAUUGAUCUCUGUAUGCAAAUGGGUAUCAUAAUGGUGCUAAAGCAGACCUGGAAUAAUUUCAUGGAACUGGGCUACCCGCUAAUUCAAAAUUGGUGGACCAGAAGAAAACUACGGCAAGAGUAUGGCACACAGAGAAAAACAAGCUUCCCACAGUGGGAAAAGGACUACAACCUGCAGCCUAUGAAUGCUUAUGGACUGUUUGAUGAAUACCUAGAAAUGAUUCUUCAGUUUGGAUUCACAACCAUUUUUGUGGCAGCUUUUCCAUUGGCACCACUUCUGGCCUUACUUAACAAUAUUAUCGAAAUUAGGCUUGAUGCAUACAAAUUUGUCACCCAGUGGAGAAGACCUUUAGCUUCAAGAGCCAAAGAUAUAGGAAUAUGGUAUGGGAUUCUGGAAGGCAUUGGAAUUCUUUCUGUUAUCACAAAUGCAUUUGUUAUUGCCGUGACAUCAGAUUUCAUCCCUCGACUUGUUUAUGCUUACAAAUAUGGACCCUGUGCAGGCCAAGGAGAAGCUGGGCAAAAGUGUAUGGUUGGCUAUGUUAAUGCCAGUUUAUCAGUAUUUCUGGUGUCGGACUUUGAAAACCGUUCAGAGCCUACAUCAAAUGGAAGUGAAUUCUCUGGUUCGCCAUUGAAAUAUUGCAGGUACAGGGACUACCGAGACCCUCCUCACUCCCCAGUGCCCUACGGCUACACGCUGCAGUUCUGGCAUGUCCUAGCAGCACGGCUGGCUUUCAUUAUUGUAUUUGAGCACCUUGUCUUUUGCAUAAAGCACCUGAUUUCCUACUUAAUCCCAGAUCUUCCAAAAGAUCUGAGAGAUCGAAUGAGGAGAGAAAAAUACCUGAUUCAGGAAAUGAUGUAUGAAGCGGAAUUAGAACGUCUGCAGAAAGAAAGGAAGGAAAGAAAGAAGAAUGGAAAAUCUUAUCACAAUGAGUGGCCAUGAUGGGGUGAGGAAGAAACUGCUUAAAAGAAGAUAGGAGUUCUUUCUAUUAAAAAAAAUCCUGGUUUUCUGUGGUAGAGAGCAACAGUGAAACAGGAACAGUCAGUGUUGUGUGCACUCAGCACAUGUGUACCCAUAUUUAAAAUGGUGAAUACUGUGCUAAGUCUUUUCAAAUUUGGGGUCUUACAAGGCUUAGUCUUCUCCAGAGCUAAUAUUGGCAUGAGCAGCGCAGACCAAUGCCUAAGGCUCCACACUAUUUCCAGGCAUGGCUUAAAUUCAAGGCCGUGAACUUCAAAGCAGCUAAGUAUCUUACAGCGCUUUACAGAACCUAAUGAUCUCAUGGCUCCUCAUCAUGGCUGAGCAGCUAGUUCAUAACCAGUGACUGCUCAUUAGCAACAUGAUAGUUCAUGUCCUCAUGUGUAGUCACCACAUGCUGAACAUGCAUGGCAAUGAUGCUCUCUCCCAUGGUGGAAUAAGUGGUGGAAGCUAGCAUCUACCAUGAGUUAAGUUAACAUAUGGGGAUUGCCUCCAUAACUUGAACAAUACCUUAGUAUUUGUGAGGAGAUCUUUGAUCAUGAGUCCAAUCAAAUGCUUUAACAUGGGUUGAAAAAAUUACACAUGCAGAAGUUUUGGCAGAUAGGCAAGCACCUAAAUGUGUCCAGAGGUGUCUUAACUGUAGGGUCAUUAAUUUAGACACAUUAUUGUGAAAGGUUAGUAACUUUUGAAGAUCUGAACAGUGCCUUUUCAGCUAUGGGUCUGUCUGGUCUCUGAAGGAAACAAAUCAAGCUAGGACACCUCAUCCAAAAUUGCUUGUAUACUUGUAUUGCAAGGCCACAUCAAGGCCUAAUCGAGAAUAUAUGAUACACAUAACAGAAGACUGUCUGUGUCUCAAGUAAAUCAACAAUAACAAAGCAAAACAAACAAACAAACAAUGGAUGAACAAAUUCAACAAAGCAAGAGAACACGAUCAUCCAUAAUCUCUGCUCUUUUAUUCCUUCUUCUGUUGUCUGCACUGGGAGAAAACAACUAGGCUGUAGUAUGAAAUAGCUUGAAAUCUGUUGUGCACAGCAGUUCUACAUAGGCUGUAGAAUUAGAUUUGGCCAAAAUGGGCCACUGACUAUAUCCUUCUGCAAAUUGCUUAGCACUAAGAAAUUAAAAAGUUUGCAGGUCAUUAGUCCAAAAUAGUAGAGCUGUAACUCUAAUAACUGCAGAAUUUCUGGACAGAGCAACACAAAUCAAAAUACUGAGUGUUGUGAAAGCUCCACUGCCUCUUGCCUCAAAGUGAUAAUACUGCAAUUCUUGCCAAACGUGCAGGAGCAUAAUCAGCCACAAUAUGAAGAAGGAAGUUCAAAAGCCCAGACUGUAAGUAGACUGCAAGGAACCAUAUGUCUUCGUAAAGAUACAGCUACAUGCAAAAUACUGAAGCUCAUCAAUUCAAUUAGCACUUUUCCAAGUAAUUGGAGCUUCAAAAACAGUAUGCUUUUCUCAGAGCUAUUAAUGAAUAAUGCCCUUGUUAGUUUAAAGGCAUUUGACAGUGAGGAAAAUUCAGCACGCUGUUUCUACAAGUUCUUCUAGAAACCAUUCAAUAGAAGCAGCAUUGGACAAAUCACACAGUGCAAGAUCCUUUGUAUGGAUGCCUCAAAGUCCGGUAAACAUCAGGACCACCUUUACCAAGACCUCAUAUUGCCAAAUUAGAUCUGUUAACUUUGCUCCACUGCAAGGUAGAACUGUGCUAUUUCUAUGAGGAAAGUUUUGAUGAAAAGCAGUAUGGUUUGGUGGAAGAAAAUGUUUGCAUCCUCAUCUCGGUAGCCACUGCCAGCCUACAUUUUGCUUCCUUUGAAUAAGGAACUCCUCUAGUACUAAUCCAUCUUCCUGCACGGAGGAUAAAUGGCUUCCACUAUCAGGUGCUCGUGACCCAAGCCAGGAGUUCCUAUGAGGCAAUUCCUAUGAGGCCACUGAAGGAGUUUCAGGGUGAAUCUGUUCUCUAUUGACUUGCUGCCAAAAGGAAUAAGGAACACAACUAAUGGUUCUGGGAUAUAUUCCUGCCUAAUGAGCAAGAAACUUGUUUGUUCAUCUUUGCUUCACCUUACAGCUGCUGUGGACACAGCCUAUAUGGGCAGUGAAGAAAUGGGAAUGUUCUGUCUCAGUAAACAGAAGGAAAUAGAUAGGCAACAUCAUUCAUUCUUUUAUACACACAUGCCGAAUGGGUUAGUAUUUACCAUUCACCACUUAGGGAUGUAUAUUACACUAGCAAUCUGGAUACUCUCAGGCAGGAUCACUGUGCAAAAUCUCACUCAGACCAAAUUCACAUGAGCAACUGGAUUAGGCUGCAUAUCCUCUGUGUUACAUCUCUAACAAAAACCCACAAAUGACUAAUUUAGAAAUUGUUUGCUAGGUAGUAAAAUAAGUUGUGAGUCAUACAUAAUAUCAGUCUCACCCAUAUGGAUUGUGAAUCUUUCAAAAAUCCUGCAGUUUCCAGAACUGAAUUGAAAUUGAGUAGAAUUUAAGCUGACUUCUACCCUGGAGCAAUCGCUGCAAUAUAGUGUGUCAAAACUAAUAAAGUGCAGCAAAAACACAAUACAAAAUAAUUGCAUUUGGUACAAGUUUUCAACGUAGGUACACUGCAAUGAAUUUUCAUGACACUUCAUAGCUAGAAGUUAUGUCCUGUUCUGUCCAAACUGAGCACAUGAGCUGCUAUUUACCAGGCUUGUGCUGAGCGUGAUGCCAAAAGGGACUCUGACCUCCCUGGCAGAUCCUGAGUACAUUUCUGUCACUUAAUGUUGACCAGUCAAUGCACUGACAUUUCAGUCCUGCUGUUCUGCAGAAUAGAUUUCCCUUUAGUCCUUUAAAGCUUUAUAGCAGAACACUCAGGAAAGACAACCCCCUUUUUAUUUGCUCCAUUAUUUAGGAAAAUAUAUCACAUACAAUAGGCUAACAAUAAUACAUAGAAUUUAAAACAGUCUGUAGAUAGAAAAUUUAUGCCAUUCCAUUCUUUCUGAUCUGAUGAUGGAUGGGUUUUGUUUAAAACUCCAGGUGACCGCCCUGUAUGUUGUUUACUUACUCCAGCUCCACAAGAGCACUACCUUCAAAGGAACGAGAAAAAAUGCAACCUCAGUGCAUGCCACAGACAUUUGCCAUAGCAAGCAGGACAACACACAUCAAAGGAUUUACUGUGAAAUCAUCUUGCAAUCAGCAUAGGAGUGAUCUCUAUAGACCACUUUUGACAGCAAGCGUGUACUUCAUGAGCAGUUACACGCCAGUUUUUAAAACCAAGGAAAAAAAUGUAUAUUGGGACUGUUUUUCAGCCUGUUUGCUACGAUUUUUGCAUUCUGUCCCACAUUGGUUUUACGAACCUUAGAAUAAUAAAUGUAAACGAGCACCCUGGAUACUCUGACAAAAGUAAAAGCCUAGGUAUAGAGCACCAUCUGUGUUCAAGCCACCAAAUACUACAACUGAAACCCUGUUUACAAAUCUGUUCUUUAUUUUAAAUCUUUCUGAGGGGAAUUAUGUUAUUUAUCAUAUAUAUAGUAUAUAUAUAAAGUAUACAUAGAGAUUGUUUAUUUGUAAAUAGAAAAAAAUCUUAUGGAGAAGAAUGUCAAGUUUUCACACUUACGUAAAAAAAUCAUCAACAUAAAGCCAUGUUUAAUGCUUGUAUAAUGUGACGCAAUAAACUUUAAA